ACCAAACAAAAGAUAUUCCACAAAUUCAAUUCAACUCUCUCCAUUCCAAUGGUGGAAACCUCCGAGCAAAUCCGGCCGCUAGCCCCCGCCUCGGAGCGCCCCACCAGCAGCGACGACGAAGCCGCCACCACCCCUGGCAAAAACCACCGCAGGCGCCGGCUCCUCCGGUGCUGCGGCUGCGUGGGCGCCGUCCUCCUCAUCCAAGCCGUAGUAAUCGUAAUCCUAAUCUUCACCGUCUUCAAGGUGAAGGACCCCGUCAUCCGUCUCAACGGCGUGACGGUGGACCGCCUCGACCUCAUCAACGGCACCACCACGCCGCGGCCGGGCAGCAACAUGUCGCUGACCGCUGACGUGUCGGUGCGGAACCCCAACUACGCGUCGUUCAAGUACCCUGAGACGACGUCGUCUCUGUACUACAGGGGGACGGAGAUCGGGGAGGCGCGGGGCCCUGCGGGGCGGGCGAGGGCGAGGCGGACGGCGAGGAUGAACGUGACGGUGGAGGUGAUCGCGGAUCGGGUGACGGGGCAGCCGGAGCUGGGAUCGGAUAUCAAUUCGGGGGUGCUGACGCUGGGGAGUUACACGGUGGUGGGAGGGAAGGUCAAGGUUUUGAUGGUGAAGAAGCAUGUGAGGGUUACUAUGAAUUGCUCCUUGACCGUUAAUCUUACUACCCAGGCUAUUCAGGACCAGAAGUGUAAGCGCAAGCUCAAACUCUAGAUUACUUCACUCAAUUUUAUACUAUCUUUUUACACUUUACACAGCCUUAUUCAUAUUGUAUUUGUGUGUAUAUACAUAAGUUUUUUGGUAGAUUAUUGGAAUCAUAGAAUUCCAUUUAUAUGUAACAGGGGACUGGGGAGGUGGGGAUUUUAAUUUUUUAUGCGUCCAUCUUAUUUAAACAGAUUACUUGUAGUAAUCUAUACUGCCCA